AUAAAACUGCUUAUUAUACUUAUCAACGACUGAUUAACAAUUCGUUCAUUAAGUUUUUAACAGGUCACAAUUGAAAAUUGAAAACUACAAAAUGACCACCUUACGACCCUUUAAUUGUGAUGAUUUAUUUAAGUUUAAUAAUGUAUUGUCUAAAGUUUAAAAACUGCAGUGUGCUUAUGAAAAUAAUUUUUUUUUUCAGAAAUUUAGAUACACUUACAGAAACUUAUGCUAUACCAUUUUAUAUGCAAUAUUUAGCCCAUUGGCCAGAAUAUUUUCAAGUAGCAGAAUCACCUACUGGAGAAAUAAUGGGUUAUAUUAUGGGAAAAGCUGAAGGACAACCUGACAAUUGGCAUGGUCAUGUUACUGCUUUAACUGUUGCACCAGAAUAUCGAAGACUAGGAGUAGCGGGGUUUUUAAUGAAUUGGUUAGAAGAAGUUUCAGAAAAGAAAGAUGCAUGGUUUGUUGACCUUUAUGUUCGAGUUAGCAAUACAGUAGCUAUAUCCAUGUACAAAAGUUUAGGAUAUACAGUAUAUCGAACUGUUUUAGAAUAUUACUCGGGAGAUCCCGAUGAAGAUGCAUAUGAUAUGAGGAAAGCACUUUCUAGAGAUAUUGAAAAAAAAUCAAUUGUACCUCUGGAACAUCCUGUAAGAUUAGAUGAUUGUGAUUAAAUUAAUUUUUGUAAUAAAUAUAUAAGAAAUUUGUCUCAAU